CAGACAACCUGAUUUAGUAAUUUGUGACGAGGAAGAAAAAACUUUUCAAAGACUUGUUUUGAAUAAUAUUUUACAACUAAAGUGAGAUAUAAGCAAUAACUGGUAUAAAUUUAGCUGAUAUUCAGUGCAUGAAAUUGGAAACGAGAACUCUGUACUUAAAUUUCAAACUGAACGUAAACGCAGGGGUGGAGUAUUUACAAAAUUGUGAGAAAUCAAUGGGUAGGAAACCUCGAUUUAAAUUAAAGAAACAACCUGUUGAAAUCAUGCCUCAUACUCAGAGCGAGUAGUGAGCGCCUACCGAAAGUAGUAAAAAUAUAUUAAAUCAGAAGGAUUUUAGUUAAUUAAAGGAUUUAGUUGGCAUCUAUUUUCCCCCAGUUGAGCAAUGAACACCGAAGUGUGGUGCGAUUUCGUCGCAGGAUGGAUUGGAGGCUGCGCGGGGCUGUUGGUCGGUCACCCUAUGGACACCAUCAAGGUGCGGCAGCAGGCGCUGGGCAACGUGUCCGCAAUCUCAGGCAUCUCCCGGACCUUCAAAUACGAGGGGGUGCUCUCGGUCGCCUGUCCUGUCGACCUCGUCAAGAUUAAAAUGCAGCUACAGACAGAGGGCGACGGCAGCGCUUGGGGCAAGUCAAAGAAGACGACAGCGCCGCGGUACGGCGGUCCUACGGCCUGCCUUUUGGACCUGUACAGGACGGCGGGGCUACGGGGCUGCUACUACGGUCUGGGGUCUAUGGCUAUCAGAGACGUGCCUUCAUUCGGGUACUACAUGGUCAUAUAUGAGAUGAUGAUCCGUCAGAUAGCUGGUAGAGAAGACGCUGCAUCGCCGGCCACACUCAUGUUCUGUGGUGGCAUGGCAGGCGCAAUAUCAUGGAUGACGAUCGUGCCAAUAGACGUGAUCAAGUCCAGAGUGCAGGCCGAUGAUGUGGUCAACCCGCAGUACAAGAACUUUUGGGAUUGCUGCGUCAAGAGUUACAAGAACGAAGGCUUGAGCGUAUUUACACGAGGGUUUAGCAUGGUCAUCUUGCGCGCUCUGCCAACCAACGGAGCCAUUUUCCUUGGCUACGUCACCUCCAUGAACCUUCUCAGGUCUUCCAUGUCAGGAACAAGAGAGAGCAGAGUCGCAGACUGUGCCAGUGCGUAGUUUGGAAAAUCGACUAUGGAGAAAAUAAAAGAUAGUAUGUAAAUGAUGAACAUUUUUGGCGAUGACUGGAAAGUUCCUACAUAUCCUAAAUGAGCUCACGAAGAGACCCCAGUUAUUGAGUAAUUGACACGAAUGAUAUUGAUUACAACAUGAAAACGUGGAAAUUUUGUUAUCAAGAGCAAUGCAUAAACUGAGCUGGUGCAUGGUUCCAUUAUAUGCUCGUUUCUAACGAACAUAUAUAUUUCUUUUUGUGCCUGAUGUCAUCAGAUGAAUUUGAUGAAGGAUUGCAGUCUGUGACAGCUAAAGGUUUUUAUAAGACCGCUGUAGCUUGCAGUCUGUGACUGUUUUGCAGGACUUACAGUCUUUGACUGUACAAGGGCAUGAGAUACGAUCGAGUGGUUCCAACAUUUUUGCACGGUAGAAUUCGAUUGAUAGCGGAUUGAAUCGCUAAGAAUACGAGUCAAUUUUGAACUUAUUGUGAAUAUUCGUAUUUUAGAUGGUGUUACAUGUCGUAAAUGGUGCUUCUUGAGGUAACUAGUGCUUCGUGUCGCAAAUGGGGGUUCGUGUCGCAAAUGGGGGUUCGUGUCGCAAAUGGGGGUUCGUGUCAUAAAUGGUGCUUCGUGUCGUAAACGGGGGUUUGCGUCGUAAAUGAUGGUUCGUAUCGUAAAUGGUGGCUCGUGUGGUAAAUGGUGGUUUGUGUCGUAAAUGAUGAAUUGUGUCGUAAAUAGCGGUUCAUGUCGUAAAUGGUGCAUGGUGGUUCAUGUCAUAAAUGACGGUUCGUGUCGUAAAUGGUGGGUCGUGUCGUAAAUGGUGGUUUGUGUCGUAAAUGGUGGUUCGUGUCGUAAAUGGGGGUUCUUGUCGUAAAUGGUGGGUCGUGUCGUAAAUGGGGGUUCUUGUCGUAAAUGGUGGGUCGUGUCGUAAAUGGGGGUUCGUGUCGUUUAUGGUGAUUCUUGUCGUAAAUGGUGAUUCGUAGCGUAAAUAGGGCUCGCGUCGUAAUUGGAAUUUCAUUUCGUAAAUGGUGCUUCAUGCCGUAAAUGGUGCGUCACGUCGCAAUGGCAAUUUGUGUCGUAAAUGGUGCUUUUUACAAAUCUCUAAAAAUAAUAUAAAUCAUAACAAAUCUGCGCACUGACCUUUUCUUGUAUAUGCGUCUCGAUGAAUUGGUGGUUAGAGCGUAGCGUAUCGAAACCGGAGCUCGAUCAUCGUCUUUAUUGAUGCCCAUUCCAUUUAUAUGUUUUCAAUCUGUUGGUGUUUUCAUUUCAUUGUUGUUUCAAACUCGGUUUCAUUAGCCAUUAGAAUUCUUUCUGAAAUUCAGAACCAUUUGCAGUUAGAAUCUUUAUUAUAGAUAUUAUCUCAAUCUAGAAAGAUACAUAGGUCACUGAAAUGAAGUGUGAGAUUUUUGAUAAUGUUAUAGAGUUGAUUUAUAGCCUACUUUCAUGUUCAGUUUCGAUUAAAAGCGGUUACGUAGAUAAGUACUAUUAGGAGUGCUAAGAUAGAGCAUAAACGCUUCUGACAAGAAGUGUGAAAUUCGUGCAAAUGUAAGUUCACGACGAAGGCUUCAUUCCAACAAUAUGUUGUAAAACUAAUAUUUACCGCUCAAUGUUAGGUACAAAAAUGUAUCGCAUGAUUGUACGCUCAUUAGACUAGAUUUAAAUAAACUAAU